AUGAUAACAAUCGAACUCUUGCUCGAGGCUGGACGCAAUCCAGUCAACGCAAUCCCUUUGGUCCGCUCAGCGGUCGACCAUUCCGGACCCGGCACAGACUUUGCGGACGAAAUUGAGGGUAGACCGGACGGUCGCAAUCUGGCAGUGCUGCGCUUCCUCCUUGACAAAGGCGCCGAUACGGAGGCUCAGAAAUGGGGUCACAAUGACCGUGGCUAUGCGAGCGGCUUCGACUGGGAAUCUGGUCUCAAUAUAGCCCUGUCGAAAAGCAGAGAGAGCUUGGCCGAAGAGCUGCCUCACCGAAACGCACGCACUGGUAGCAAGACUUUGAAUAUUGCGUCAAGAGGAGACGGCGCUGGAAUUGGCUCAGAGAUAUGUACCAAGGCUGCUUGCAUUGGUGGAAGAGUUCUAGAAGCGCGAAUCGGCCGCGGUAUAAUUAGUCGGCAGUUCAACAAAGACUGA